UUGGAGAUGAAACAGACCCAUUUUGUUUGGUAGUUUAAGAUGGUUACCAUGUGUUUGGCUUUAAGCCAAUUUGGAGGGAAAGCGUAACAAAUUUGAAAACAAAAAGCCCCUUUUCUUUUCAUCAUUUUUUCGAAGUUCGAACCUGAAGAACAAACCUACCUUCGAUUACCAUUUCAAAGUCCGAAUUUGAAACUCAAACCAAACCAAUAGGAAGGGAGAGCGCGGCAAUUAAUUAAUCGGUGACGAUAUAUUCUUGCUGAGGAAUUUGCAUUUUUCUGUAAUCCCUAAUUUUCCUUUUCGAACCGUAUUCGGCUUCACCUACCGCUUCUCUGUCUGUAAUUCCUGGAGUUUAGAGGAGGGAUCGAGUAUGUCGCAAAGCAACGGGCCUGAUUUCAAUCUGCCGGAUGAGAUUUUGGCGGUGAUUCCAACGGAUCCCUACGAUCAGCUCGAUCUUGCGCGUAAAAUCACCUCCAUGGCUAUAGCCUCUCGUGUGUCGAAUCUUGAAGCUGACAUGGUGAGGAUGAAGCAAAAGCUUCACGAGAAGGAGCUGACCAUCUUCAACCUGCAGGAGAAGUUGACUCACCUCGAGCACGCGAACCAGGAAGCUGAGUCUAGGUUGAAAAUUGCGCUCGAUGAUAAUAUGAGGCUGUCCAGGGAACGGGAUUCAUUGUCAAUGACUUCAAAGAAACUUGGACGUGAUUUGGCAAAGCUGGAGACAUUUAAGAGACAACUGAUGCUAUCACUUAAUGAUGACUCCUCUCAAACUGAAACUGUUGAUAUUGGGACCUGUGAUCAAGCAGUUCCUAAAGCGUACACUGACAAGGACGAGGUAACAAAUGGACACGUCAAACAUCACUCUUUCAGUGGUUCAACAGAGACGAGAAACACAAUGGAUGAAGCGGUAAAACAUAUUGGACAAAAAUUUUCAACUUCAUAUCUCACCCCAAGGCUCACUCCAUCUGCAACUCCAAAAAUUAUUUCAACGAGUGUAUCCCCCAGAGGGUAUUCUGCCGUUGCUUCUCCACAGAUAAUGUCUGGUUCAACUUCUCCAACAAAACCCUCAUAUGAUGGACGUAUUGCACUAUCUCCCUGGUACCCGUCAAGCCAGCAGUCUUCCGCAGCAAGUUCUCCUCCUCGUGCUCGUCAACUGGCUGGUCGCCCUGCUCGUGUUGAUGGCAAGGAAUUUUUCCGCCAAGCCAGGAGUCGCCUGUCAUACGAGCAGUUUAGUGCCUUUCUUUCAAACAUAAAGGAACUCAAUGCUCAAAAGCAGACUAGAGAGGAAACUUUAAGAAAAGCAGAAGAGAUAUUUGGGACAGAUAACAAAGAUCUUUUCCUGUCAUUUCAAGGAUUACUUAACCGCAAUGUUCAUUAGGCCUGUCUGUACUUGAGACUGUUUACACCACAUAGGACUCUCUCCUUUUAGAUUUUUAGAGGGCAAAUCCAAAAAAGGCUGUUCCCAACGGCUCUCUUGCUCUCUUGCUCUCUCUGAAGGCUCGUUUAUGCUGCAUGCAGAUUCUUAGUUUUUGUUCGUAUCCUUUAUUGCGACUCUAUAUGUAAAAUAUGCAAUCUCAAAACCUUUUGUAGUUGUUGAAACUUCUCUUUUGUGGCAGAAACAGUGAUUUUUCUUAGAUAAGACAAAGAGUGACAGAAACAAUAGAUCUUGAGGGGGAAAAAGGGAAAAAUCAGAUGGCUUUCUUACCUUCAUCAUGUGGUGUGUACCCUUCUGAAGCUGCAGCUGUGAGCUGUCUCUAUGAUAACUCUAUUUGGGGGAAGUUUUACUUUCAGUUUAUGUUCUCACUUUAAUUACCCAUUGGAAGAACCCAACAAAGCCCUGCUGUCAAAUUUGCAUUUAAAGGAGGGAAUUCAGUUUGAUCUGACUGAAAGACAGCAACUUGUUUAUAAUAUUUGUGAAAUAGAAGAAUCAGAGCUUCCAAGAGAACCCAGAAAAGUGAGAUGAUGAUGAUGAUCACCACCAUCUGCUCCAAAAUCAGCGUACAUUCACUUCACUUGCAAGCUGUCUGCUGCUGCUCCAUUACAGCACCAACUUACUUAUCAGGCUAAGUACCAACUUUGGUGGGAUUGAUAUGAAAUUCUGAAUUAUUAAUUGGUGAUUCAGAAGGUUCAUUCCAGGUAAAACUAAUGUUUCGUUUUGAGAAGAAAAGUAUUCGGUUUUGCUUUUGCUAAGUUAUCAUCUUAGUCCUUAUCGUUUGUGUUUGGUUUCAAUUUAGUCAGGAUUAAAUAUCUCAAAACGUUUUACCAUUGUCGGCUGUUAACAGAGACUUUUUUCUGGAUGUAAAACAUAGAGACAAUCCUUUUGAUUGCCAAA